UCUUUAUCUUACAUUGGAAUAUGUAUAAUAAAUAUAAGAUUUUCAAAUAACGGAGAAACAUUUGACAUAACCUAUUUAAAACCUGUUUACUAUUUAAAACUAAAAUAUGUUACUUUAGAAAAAUGUUAAAUAAGAUGUUUCAAACUUCUGUUUACAUCCUAGCUAUUUUAAAUAUUUCAGGCAUAAGUCCUUUCACAACUUAUCAAAUAGGCGGUAAUUACAAAAUAGAAAUAAAACAACAUUUAAAUAUUUAUUCAUCUUAUAUAUCUUUAUAUAUAUUUGUUCGUCUCAUAGAUUUCUGUACUGCUACAGAGGUGUCUUUAACAAGUGAUGUAGAAUUAAUGAUGGUAUCAGAAGAAUUAUUUAAUAAGUUUUCUCAUGAAUUAUUCAACCAUGUGUAUAUAAAUUAUCAAGGAAAUAUGAGCUUUAAAAACUUUACUGAUAAUGCUCCACAAAGGUUGUUAAAUAUAUCGACCAAAAUAUUUUUAAUACCAACGAUAAGAUCUCUUGUAAAGUUAUUUGAUAAUUAUGAAUUGGAUACUUAUGAGCCAGAAGUCAUAACAAGAGAAGAAGAUCUAGAAGAGAAUGAAUUUAUUGAUAAUUUAAUGGAAACAGACAUAAUGUUACAUGUUAUGUACUUUUUGUCAGUCAAAGGGUUCUUUAAAAAUGACAUACGAGUUUAUAAAGAUAUUUUAAAACAAAUUUGGUUUCAUUUAUAUUCUCGGAGUAAAGAUAUAAAUGGUACUUCUGGAUUUGAACAUGUAUUUAUAGGAGAAAGAAAACCACGUAAAGGUAUUAUAGGGCUUCAUAAUUGGAUUUUCUUUUCCCAUGGAGAAUUAUUAAAGAAAAUUAAUUAUUUUGGAUUUGGCCAUAGUAAGGAAUUUGUUAAUAAAGCUGUCAUUUUAGAAAUAUAUUUCACUUAUAUUGGAAAACGUAAAAGGUCAUCUAUGUUCAUUGGAACCACUCCAGAAUUAGAAAUAGCCCUUUAUACACUUUGUUUUUUUACAAGACCAAAUAAAAGGUGUCAAUUGUCUUUUGGAGGAUUUAAAUUUUAUGUUCAGACAUACAUAUUACAAAAUAAUGGUACAAAAUUUAUUGGAACUGCUUUCCCUGUUUUGCUAUAUUAAACAUAAAUCAAA